AUGCGCCUCCCAUACGCCCCCCUCACGCCCUCCAACCCCGAAGAUGAGGAAAUCUACAACCGCAUCGCUGCCCGCCGCCGUCCCCGCCCCCUCAUUCCCCUCGACUUGACCCUCCUUCACGCUCCUUCGCUUGCAAACGGAUACAACAGUUUUGUCGGUGCUAUUCGCUCGUCCACCGUGCUGGACCAAGGUCUCCUCGAGCUUGCAAUUUCUCGCGUCGCGAUUCUCACGAACGCUGUCUACGAAUGGAAUGCGCAUGCCCCGCUCGCCUUGAAGGGUGGGAUUAAGCCGGAUGAGUUGAAGGCUGUGCGGACGGUGCCGUCUACGAUCGACUCAGAGGAGGCUGUGAAGGCAUUGGAUGAGAGUGCGUUGUCGCCAUUGCAGAGGGCGAUCGUCAGGUAUACGGAUCAAUUGACGGUGACGGUGCGGGUGGAGGAUGCGGUGUUUGGGGCAUUGAGAGAGGAAGGUCUUUCAGACCGGGAGGUUGUUGAGUUGACGACUGGUGUCGCUGGGUAUAACUGUGUCAGUCGAAUCUUGGUAUCGUUGGAUGUGGGCGAGAACAAUGACAAGGAGAUGAAGAGUGUAGAUGACUUGGUGGCAUCUCUAUAA